AUGUCUCACAAUGAGGAACCAUCGCCGCCGGAAUCCCGCGUUGUUUUGAGAACCCAGGGGAUGAACGAAGUCUUGCCGCGUCAUGAUCUCGACAUGUUCACGUCUGCCGGAACUUACCCGCACGGGAGUUGGGAGCUUUCUGAGGUCGGUCAGCCUCACCAAUUUCAGGCCGCCUACUGCGUGCGAGAUGCUCAGGGGCAAAAGGUGCGAGCGCCAAUGCCGCUGGUCAGCCUCUCUGCAGUCACGAAUCAAGAAGAGAUUUAUCAGCACUGCACAGUCUAUCACUAUGAUCCGGGUCAGAGCCGAUGUAAUACAGAGCUCCCCCAGGCAGCUCCCACUAUUGGCCAGCAUCGACAUCAUCCCAACAAUGCUCUGCUGCAGGAGCAAAGCGAUUUUCAACAGACGGCAUUAGAUGUCCAGGCGAUGAAUCAACAGCACAUCAAUUUUGACGUCCAAACCGAUGGAUUUUCUCGGGAUGGUGUUGCACUCCUUUCUAGUCCGCCAGCGUAUUCGUCAAUAGCGGCACAGCGCACAAAUCCCAUGGGAAAAGACGGGGGAAUGACACGGAUGUCAACCCAGGGCUCAAACAUUAUCUGCUUUCCAGCGGAGAACGCCACUGAUGAAUAUUCACGUCGGGAGGAUUCGUUAGUUGCCAACGGAUCUUUCAACAGCAAUUCCUACCACGAGGCGUUUCAACAUUCAGCGCCAGACCAUGUCCAUGACCUUGGGAUAUUCACACCGCAAGAACCCCUUGACACAGGUGUACAAGGAGAACAGUUCACCAUGAACGACUCUUUCACAACUAUGACGCUUUCGCCUCAGGCAUUUUCACUCGAUGAUCAGGCAUUCGACGAGCUUUUCCGCCAGAGGCACGAUGCCAACUACGACUUUGACCAAGCCAACAUGAGAGGCAGCCCAAACGGGGUGGUAGAUGAUGCGGUCACAACCAAAAAGGAAAGAUGA